UCUCUCUAGAUCUCUUUCUCUCUCUAAUAAAGCAAUAAAGCUUAUAGGAGAAGAAGGUUGGUUCACAAACCAAAAUUCCAAUAUUUGAUGCUUUAUAAAAAAAACCACUAGUAAAGAAAGCAACUCCCUUUUUAGUUGUGCCAAAACACUUUAUAAUUUUCUCCCCUCUUCUUCCUCAAUGGACACUGCUUCUGCUCAAUGGCCUCAGGACAUAGCAACAUGCCCGAAACAAUCUACGGUGGAGAGAAAAGCACAGAAAGAAAAAGUAAUAAUAAACUGCCCUAGAUGCAAUUCAACCAACACAAAGUUUUGCUACUACAACAAUUACAGCCUGUCACAGCCUAGGUAUUUCUGCAAGACAUGCAGAAGGUACUGGACCGAAGGCGGUUCCCUCCGGAAUAUUCCGGUGGGCGGCGGUUCUCGCAAGAACAAGCGCUCGUCGUCUUCAUCUUCAUCUUCAUCAAACUCCAAGAUCAAAGUAAUCCCUAAUCAAGAUUUAGUCAUCCCACCACAAAACCCUAAUCUCAACAAAAUCCAUGAUAUUCUUGAAAAUAAUAUUAAUAAUCAAGAUCUCAACUUGGGAUUCUCGAUGAAUGAUUUCAAGACGAUAAACGAAAUGAUACGAGUUCCGAGCUUCGACAUUAAGGAGCUGCAGCUCAACCCUUGCUCUUCUUCUUCUUCUUCGUUCCCGUCUUCCGUUGUGACGAGUAAUAAUAGUAUUAUUACGGAUCCGAUUAUUACGAGCACGGUUAACUAUAACUCGCCGUUAGGGUUUUCUAGUUUGAUGAUGCCGGCUGGUCAAUUCAAGUCUUCUGAUCUCAACUUCUCCAUCGAUGGGCUCGGGAGCAACUACGGAAGUUUCCAGGGGGCGGAAGAGCAAAAUGGGAAAGUUCUGUUCCCGUUUGAAGUUUUGAAGAAUCGGGACUCGAGUAACGCAAACGAUGCGAACAGAUCGGAUCAUCAUGCCGCAACUGGUUAUUGGAAUGGAGUUAUAGGUGGAGGAGGAUCAUGGUAAGAAAAUUAAUUAAAUUAGUACACAAUAUUAUUAUUUAGUAUUCCAUGAGAAUUAUAUCUAUAUUUAUAUAAAUUUUUAUUUUUAUUUUUUAAAGAGGAUUAUGUCUUGUGAUGGGGGUGAUAUGUGCUUGUUUAAUUUGGAUGGUGAUCAGAAAAAAAACUAACUUAUAUAUAUUUAGGGUUUUAUCUAUGGUUAUUUUUUUAAGGUUUAAUUAUGUUUUAUUACCUUCGAUCGUGUCAUUGUUGGAGUAAUUAGAAGCUCGAUUAUAGAUCGGAGGAGAUCGACGAAGAAGUGAUUGAUUAAGCCCGGAUUUUUUAAGGGCAAAAAAAGAGAGAGCUGUUAAUUAAGUGUCAUUUAUUAAUAAUGUAAACGACUGGAUUUGUAUUUUGAGAUAUAUAUACAUAUAUAUGUGUUGUUUUA